AUGGCCUCAGGCAGCCUGUUUCAGCUGCUGGAUGAAGCCAUCGGGACGCCCGAAGUCAACGUCAACUUGGAGGCGCUCCGCAGACUGCUGAGGGUCAUAUUGGAACACCUGAGCCUGCUGGGUCUGCAGGACGUGAUCUCCCAGGAGGGGGCCCAGGAAGCCGCGCCCGCCCCGGGGCAGAGCCAUCCCGCCGAGGCUUGGGCAUGGGACACAGGGCAGCCUUCCCAGCCGCCGGGGGAGGAUGAGCUGGAGGGGACCAGAAGCGGCUCUCCUGUCACCUCGGGGGCUGCCGACAUGGGACAGAUGGAGAAGACUGAUGCCAAAGAGAGUGACAUCUCCAAGGAGUCCCACAAGGAGAUGGCUGGGAUUAAAGCCAUGCAGAUCAACAUGGGAAAGGAAAUGCAGAGGAUCAAGGAGGCACUUGGCCAGACCACAGAUCUCUGCAAGGAUCUCUGUAAGGAGAUCAAUGAGAUGAAGGCCACACAGUCCCGCAUGGGAGAAGGCAUCCGGAUGAUCCAGGAAGCACUUGGCCAGGGGAACCUCCAGGAUGCUGCUGGCCAGCCACUGGUGCUCCAGGGCCAGCCUGCCUCUGCCAAGCCCUACACUUCAGACAUGGACAAGCUGGGGCAGAGCCCUGGCCUUCCAACUAUGGAGAGCAUCCUCAGAGACCUAUCUGAGCUCCAGGGCCAGAUGUCCUCCCUGCAGAAUCUGGUCAGAGACCUGCAGGGUGAGAAGGAGAAGAUCAGACAGCUGCAGGAUGCCCUUGGAAAGCUGGCUGUGACUGCAGCCGAGUGCGACGUGGAUGGCACCAAGGAGAUCCCCCUGCAGCUGGAGCCUGCACUGCGGGAGAUUAAGCAGGAGCAGAAGGAGCUGAGACAGGAACAGAAUAUUACCAAGGCCAUACUGCAGCAGGUGGUUACAGAUGACCAGCUUCAGGAUCAGCUGAAUGAGUUGAGGGCAAUGAUGGGGACUGGGAAGCAGCAGCAGGGAGAGUCACACACGGACAACAAGCUUGUGAGGAAGCUCCUACACCGCUGUGAAAGGCUCCAGCAGCAGGUGGACUCACUGGUGCCACAGCAGGUGCAGAGGUCACUGCCAGAGAAGACUCAGGAGGAGGAGCUGCUAAAGAGCAUCCAGGCCACUGUUGUGCGGGUGGAAGGGGACUGCGAGCAGCUCGGCUACGUCACGGGGAGCCUCCGGGAUGACCAUCGCCAGCAUCAGAGAGAUAUUGAGGCUCUGUUCCGGUCCCUGGAGGGUCUCGAGAAGAAAGCAGACAAGGAGGACCUGUUGCUGCUGAAAGUGGACAAAGCUGCCCUGGGCAGCAAAGUCAGUUGCGCCCAUUUUGAUGAAACCAUGGAGCAUCUGGAGGAGAGGAUGCGGGAGUUGCUGAGACGGGUGCUAGGUCAGGAGCAGCGCUGGCAGGAGGCCCAGCAGCGGUUCAGUGAUGCCCUGGACUCCAAGCUGGAUCGCCUGGAGCUUGGGCCUUUCCAGAAGCAGCUAGAGGAUAACUGGGCAAAGAAAAUUAAGGAUCUCAAGGAUGAGUUGACAGUAGAGAUUGAUGACGCUGCUGGAAUUAAGAAGCAGCUGCUGGUCCCUUUCAAGUGCCUGUCCUGUGACCGGCAGCUCAACAUGCAGGUGCCUGGCCCGCACAUUGACACACUGCCGCUGAUUCCAUCACUGCCCUGCAGCCAUGCUGCACACCCCUCUACCAGCGCCACAGAGGAGCAAGCACAACAGCACAGUCACAGGAAGCUGGUCAAUAGCAAGUUCCUCAAGUCACAGAGCUGCAAGGGUCAGGACACAUCCAGUGCACCACUCAAGGAUGUCCUACACCUCUCCAAAAAGCCUAGCGUGACUGAGCUGCUGAGCACAGAUGACUGCGUGGAUGAGGUGGAAAAGAGGGCACAGGAUAAACUGGGUCCCACCACCUUAGAAGAGGACCAGCCAGCUUCAGAUGUCAAACUCUGAUCCUGGGCACAGCAAAUCCAGUCUCCCUGGAUGGAACUAGUAGCCAGGCAGCUAGAUGUGACUGGAUGCUCAGAGCCCUGCAUGAAAUAAAGGACCAGGACAGCUGCCCAAAGGGAUUUCUUUUCAAGUUAAUAAAAAUAUUUUAACCUGC